AUGGAUAUCUCAUCUCAUCAACAUCUGGAUCCAAAGUUUUUAUGUUAUCCAGAAUCAAAUGCCUCCUGCACCAGAGACAUUUUCAGUGAAGGGUUUCAAAUAGCUUUAUACUUUUUUUUUGUUUCAGGUAUGCUGGUCACUAUUCUAGGGAACGGUGUGGUCAUUAUCUCCAUUGCUCACAUAAAACAGCUCCACACGCCAACUAACAUACUUAUAAUGUCUUUGGCAGUUGCAGACCUGCUGCUUGGAGUAACUGUGAUGCCUUUUAGUACAAUGAGGGCUGUGGAGGGCUGCUGGUACUUUGGAGAUGCUUUUUGUUUGUUGCAUUCUAGUUUUGAUAUGUUCCUCACAUCUGUUUCAAUUUUCCACCUGGUAUUCAUAGCCAUAGAUCGAUAUGAAGCUGUGUGCAGUCCACUUCGCUAUUCCACCAAGAUUACUAUACCAAUUGCAUGGCUCAUGGUUUUUGCCAGUUGGGCCGUUGCUGCAUUGUACUCCUAUGGCCUAUUAUAUUCCAAAGCAAAUGUAAGAGGACUGGAUGAAUUAAUUGCAUCUAUAUACUGCCUGGGAAGUUGUAAUCUUUUCCUUAAUGCUCUGUGGGGCGCCCUAGACACAUUGAUAGCCUUUUUCUUUCCGUGCUCUGUAAUGGUGGGUUUGUAUACCAAAAUAUUUUUGGUGGCAAAAGAACAUCUAAGGAAGAUUGAAGACAGCCAAAAUAAUUCCAAUGAGGGAGGUAGAGGUGUGGUGUCUCAACGGUCAGAGCGGAAAGCAGCUAAAACUUUAGGCAUUGUGGUGGGUGUUUUCAUCUUUUGCUGGCUGCCUUUCUUUGUUAAUUCCAUAGUUGAUCCAUACACAAACUUUAGCACACCACCUAUUCUCUUUGAGGUGUUUAUCUGGCUGGGUUACUUUAAUUCUACUGCAAAUCCAAUCAUCUAUGCACUGUUUUAUCCUUGGUUUCGAAAAUGUCUUAAUCUCAUUGUCACAUUGAAAAUAUUCAAUAGAAAUUCUUCCUAUAUAAAUGUAUUUGCUACUACGUGAUCUAUU